GAGGUAAAUUAUUUUCCUUACUAGGAGAUCUUGGGUCGUUGCAUUUGUUGCAACCAGGUUGCCUGAUUACACGUGCACUGAUAAUCUGUUUUCGUUUCUGAUUUCAGACGUCUCGUAAAGAGCUAUCAACCCAAGAAGAAGGAGGAGGAGGAUUAUCAGUAUAGCCCAUGCCGAGCGUUCAAAAUGGAGCUGAACGAGGUAAACGAUCAGGCAGGACAGAGGGAAGUGAUCGCGGAGAAUUUACAGGCAAACGUGCUAAGGGAAUUGAAUAUUCUCGUGAAGGAUUUCAAGGAGGAUCGUAAAAAGCAUCUUCAAGAAGGCGCCAGAUUGAUGGCGAACCUGACCGGUCAGAUUGGAAAUCUGGAACGUGCUAGGAAGGCUUACGAAAAAGCUUUCCGCGAAGCGGAAAGAGCAGUGGAGAAUUAUCAGAGGGCAGACGCCGAUUUGAAUCUUUCGAGAGCGGAAGUCGAGAAGCAGAGGAUGAACAUGACUUUGAAAACACAGCAGAGCGAGGAGGCGAAAACCGAGUACGCGAAUCAGUUGCAGAAAACAAACGACAUGCAAACGCUACAUUAUCACACGGCCAUGCCAGAAGUAUUCCAACAUCUGCAGGAGCUCGAUGAAAAGAGAAUAAAAAACAUGCGAAACUACAUGCUUAAAUCCGUAGAAAUAGAACGAGCAGUGGCUCCGAUAAUCGCUCAGUGUUUAGACGGUAUCGAGAAAGCGGCAAAUGAGAUCAAUGAAAAAAAAGACACGUUAUUGGUGAUCGAACGUUACAAAAGCGGCUUCCAGCCUCCGGGAGAUUUUCCAUUCGAAGACCUUUCCGUAGCAAAAACGUAUGACAGCAAUAGUCAGCUGUCGCAGCCUGUGAUGCAGCCAAUACACAAUCAUCACUUAACAGCGAAGGGUACCGUUUCCGGUAGUAAAAUCAAGAAGAGAGUUGGUCUAUUCGGAAUAUUCAGUAGCAAUAAGAAGUUGAUCGAGGUGGGCAUAGCUUUGAAGAAUAACGUGGCUGGAUAUGGCGACGGUGCGAAGGAGGAUUGCAGCGAUCUACCUCCAAAUCAACGCAAGAAGCGACUGCAACAGAGGUUGGAUGAAAUUCAAGCGAAAAUUCAGCAAGAGACUGCGGCCAGGGAUGGCUUGAUGAAGAUGAAGGGCGUGUACGAGCAAAAUCCUGCAUUAGGUGAUCCGAUGAGCAUAGAAGGACAAUUGAAUCAAUCGAGCAACAAGCUAGACAAACUCGGCGCGGAGUUGGCAAAGUUCCAAGGUUAUCUUGAAGAAGCAAUGCGCGCCGACAUCAGUUUAUCCAGUCCCAGUCAAGCACCACGAAAACCGACUAGUAAUGGUUCUGCAACGAGACCGCUAAGUUCAAGAAGAUCCAGUCAUUCAGGAGGAGAGGAAAGUCUUUCAAGAUCGGCGUCUGACUCAAGCGUAAGCAACACGAAUGCUAAUCAAUCAAUGCAUAAGAAAAGUGCUCCGGGUACACCUCAGCCGACGCACGGUUCCACGAAUAGCCCGGAAUCUGGUCUUGGAGAAUCGAGGACAUCGCUUCCUGGUAGUGGUGGAGAAGAAUAUUACGUUGAUGAAAUUGAUGCUCAACCGCCAUUGGGAACGUGUAGAGCUCUUUAUCCUUUCGAUGCGACUAGCGAAGGCUCAAUACCUAUGUACGAUGGAGAAGAGUUGUACAUGAUUGAAUUAGAUCAAGGGGAUGGGUGGACUCGUGUUCGUCGUAUUUCACAACCAAUCGAGGGUUUUGUACCUACAUCUUACAUAGAGUGUCAUUUGUAUAACACUUAGCCGCUUCUUUUAGGACGUUAAACAAUUGUGAAGUGGUGAAGUUCUAAGAUUAUUUAUGCUAUUAGUUCGAUAUGAACGAUUAAAAAUAGCAAUUCAUGUGAGUGUCAGUGAGGGUUCUGUGUUGGUUAAAUGGCACAAAAUUUCAGGAUAUACUCUGGUCAAAUCAUGGGCCUAAAUGUCAAUGAUGUUAUAUAAAUGAGAAUUAAUAUAUGUGCCAAUAUUCUGAUUUUUGAGAGAAUCUUAUGACUCAUCAGAUUCAGUUAUGUCCAACACACUUCUCUCUAGCUUCCAUCAGUUCCAUCGCAAGAACAAAGGAAGAACAAAGAGAAAAUAAGUUUCACUUUUAAGAUUUAGCUUCUUUUAUACAGUGAUUGAUAAGUUGAACUCACUUAAUACUAAAUAUAAUAAUUAUGAUCGUAAAAUUACUUAAAAAACGAUUACGCCCAACCAUUUAAAAGAAUUUCAUCGUACAUGUUCAAUAUUUACAAAAUACGAUACAUUUUUCUAAGAAAAAUGAUAAAAGCACCCUGAUCACUUGGAUCAUUCUGGAAACGUGUUUCUGUAAUUUAGAUGUGCACAAGUGAACAAUUUGCAACUUAAAAAUUAUUUGCAAAAUAAUGAAAGUAAAUACCUGUCGUAUAAUAUACACGUACACAUAUGUAACAUGUGCUCCGCCUAUACAUCACGGAUAAAAAUGAUCAUUGUUAUAAUUGCGCGAGUUUUUAUAUGUAUAUAUUUUUUUUUAAUUCGGUUGUAAAGCAGGCAAUUCACGAAUGAAUUCGAGUUAUCCCUGCCGAAGUUUAGGAAACUGAUCAAUUCUAGAGUGCUUUUAAAUUUACUUUUUAUUUAAAUCUUAUAUAUAUGUAUGACAGAAAUGUAUUUUUUAUUUUAAUAUAUUGAUGUCUGUUUUUUCAGUCGACGAUAGAAAAGUGAUGGUCACUUCUUUACAAUUAUUUUUGAAUCUUUUUUAUCUUCUAUUGUUGUAUAAGUUUAUCAAUUGACGUCGUUUUUAUUGUUUUUUCUUUUUCCUAAUGCAACAAGAAGGUGAUUAGGUGGUGCUCUGUACAGCAAAUAGAUUCCGAAGAUUGGACGGCUAAGUUUUGUUUAUGAUAUUGUCUGGAUGUGAAUUUAGUUAGGAUAUAUUUCUGUACAUAUUGCAAGGGAUAUGGGAGAAAAAAACGAGAAAUGAAUGGUACGUGUGUGAGUGCCAGAUUCAAUGUACACUCUGCGAAGCGAUGAAUUUGUUUCCAUUGCAGGUACAAAUGCGGAAUAGCGGCGUUGGCAUUUUUCGUUUAAGAAAACGCCUCUGUUUUGAUAUCUUUGGAAAGAACUUCUAGCUUCGCAGUUACAAAGUCUAGAUUCGUCCUAGAUUUGAUUGCGAUGUAUUGAAAUCGUGUAGUCACAUAUAUGCUCGCGUAUUAAAAAUAUGUAUAUGUAUAUAUAUAUAAACUAUAAUCACUCAUUAAAAUAUAGCUUCGGUAUAUAAGGUACGCAAGUACAGAAAAUAAAACGAAGAUCAAGAGCCCUUUCCUCAGCCGCAAUUGCUGCCUAUUCAUUCGCUAUAAUUUCUUUAUUCCCUGACGUAUGUGCGAUUAUAUAGUGCGAUAAGUUUUGCUGCAUUUUCCAAGUAAUCGGUAAUAAGCAUGCGGCACGUGUUUCUACGGGAUCUUUUUUUUUUUUUAAUUUAUCAUUACCGUCAGAGAGAAAGCAUUAAGAAAGUUUAAAUUUUGCGAGAGUCAUCAGUAUUUUCGCGUUCGGAUAUCGAUUUCAAUAGAAAGUCAAUCGCGAUACUUUUCGCUUGAAUAUCUAUCGUUGAUAGGCUGUAUCACUUUAUCAAAGUGGAAAGAGAAAACCAUUAGAUAACGAUAGAGAACAGAAAAAAAGGACGAGAUCCAUAUGUCUACCUUAAUUCUUAACGUUCAAGUGCGUCCAUUCUAUGUAUAUUUUGUGAUUUUAUAUCCACGAACAAGUAUUGUAGAUAAUUAACUUCGCGACUCAUUAUACGUUUAAUUAUUAUUAUUAAUUAUUAUUAUUAAUAUUGAAAAAAUAUAGCUACUAAACCAA